AUGUCCAUCAGUAUCAGAAAGGUCUUAAGUCCCUCAGUAUCAGUCAGGCACCAAGUCCCUCAGUAUCAGUCAGGCACCAAGUCCCUCAGUAUCAGUCAGGCACCAAGUCCCUCAGUAUCAGUCAGGCACCAAGUCCCUCAGUAUCAGUCAGGCACCAAGUCCCUCAGUAUCAGUCAGGCACCAAGUCCCUCAGUAUCAGUCAGGCACCAAGUCCCUCAGUAUCAGUCAGGCACCAAGUCCCUCAGUAUCAGUCAGGCACCAAGUCCCUCAGUAUCAGUCAGGCACCAAGUCCCUCAGUAUCAGUCAGGCACCAAGUCCCUCAGUAUCAGUCAGGCACCAAGUCCCUCAGUAUCAGUCAGGCACCAAGUCCCUCAGUAUCAGUCAGGCACCAAGUCCCUCAGCAUCAGUCAGGCACCAAGUCCCUCAGUAUCAGUCAGGCACCAAGUCCCUCAGUAUCAGUCAGGCACCAAGUCCCUCAGUAUCAGUCAGGCACCAAGUCCCUCAGUAUCAGUCAGGCACCAAGUCCCUCAGUAUCAGUCAGGCACCAAGUCCCUCAGUAUCAGUCAGGCACCAAGUCCCUCAGUAUCAGUCAGGCACCAAGUCCCUCAGUAUCAGUCAGGCACCAAGUCCCUCAGUAUCAGUCAGGCACCAAGUCCCUCAGUAUCAGUCAGGCACCAAGUCCCUCAGUAUCAGUCAGGCACCAAGUCCAUCAGUAUCAGUCAGGCACCAAGUCCCUCAGUAUCAGUCAGGCACCAAGUCCCUCAGUAUCAGUCAGGCACCAAGUCCCUCAGCAUCAGUCAGGCACCAAGUCCCUCAGUAUCAGUCAGGCACCAAGUCCCUCAGUAUCAGUCAGGCACCAAGUCCCUCAGUAUCAUUUUAGCUUCGUGCUUAUCACCAUCUCACCAAGUCCGUCCCAUCUCACCAAUCUCUAAAUGCAAGACCAUCUGA